AUGCAGAUAUUGGAACAGCAAAAUGACGAACUCACCGGACCGGAUCAUCGACCAACAUCGGUUUCAUGUCUUCCACCGGUUCCCCGAUCCAUACCUCUUCACCGACUAGAACGGGAUCAUGGACAUGCACUGGAUUCUCCAUCCGCCACGGAUCCCCCACCCGCAUCUGCCAAUGGUGAAAAUUCUCCAUUCGUCCUUAUCCAAGUCAGAAGAUCAUCUUUGAUCUCGGAUCUACUAGCCCACUUCGAGAAUGAUGACGAAAGACAUGUACACGUAGAAGUCAUUGGGGAGCAGGCGGUUGACAACAUGGGCGUCUUUCGGGAUGUGCUGACCGAUUUCUGGACCGACGUUAUAGGGCGUUAUUUCGAGGGCGAUGUCGAAGCAGUGCCUGUUGUAUCCCCUAGUGUGACUGAAAAUAUGUGGAGAGCAAUCGGGAAUGUUUUCGUAAGGGGAUUCCUACAGGCCGGAUACCUUCCGCUACAGUUUAGCGUUGCUAGUAUUGCCAGGUCUUUGUUUGGGGAUGUAUCGCUAGAAAUGUUGAUGCAAUCCUGGCUGGCCACUCUCGGCGGGUACAAACGAAAAUUAAUGACCCGGAUGUUGGCAGGCGGUUUCACACAUGAUGAUAAAGACGACCUCGUUGAUGUUUUUGACAGGUAUCACGUGAAGGAGAUGCCAAACGCUGGAAACGUUCGCCGGCUGGCUCAGCGAUGUGCCAGCGUGAUGUGUGUAGAGCAGGCGCUAUAUCCACUGACUAUCAUGAGGCUGGAGAGGCUUCGGAGUUCCUUCGACAGCAUCGAGUCUCUGACCAAUACCCUCCGAUCCUUGCGCCCAGAUGGCCGGAAAAUUGCGGCCAUGAUAACGGCGGAGAUAGCAAACCCACAGCAGAAAAGAGUCGUCCAAUUUCUGAGACAAUUUAUCAAAAGCGCUUACGAUCAGCUACUUAGGAACUUCCUACGGUUUUGUAGUGGCAGCGAUGUUGUCAACUUUUCAAACAUAUACAUUAAUUUCGUGCACCUUCGUGGGCUAGCAAGAAGGGUUGUCGCCCACACAUGUUCUGUUACGCUUGAUCUGCCUACUUCAUAUAACUCGUACAACGAGUUUUCUAACGAACUGCAACAGCAAUUGAACAGCGACUUCUGGGAAAUGGACUUUGCCUAG